AUGGAGGGAGACGUUAUGGACAAAGUAGAGGCCACGGCGACUGUCCGUGACUUCGACCCCAUCAGUGGGAGCAUCCCGGCCACCAAAGUGGAGAUCACCGUGUCCUGCAGGAAUCUUUUGGACCGAGACACUUUCUCCAAAUCCGACCCAUUGGUUGUGUUGUACACCCAGGGCGUGGAGUGCAAACAGUGGCGAGAGUUUGGGAGAACAGAGGUGAUAGACAACACGCUAAACCCAGACUUUGUCAGGAAGUACAUCCUGGACUACUUCUUUGAGGAGAAGCAGAACCUGCGCUUUGACGUAUACGAUAUUGAUUCUAAAAGUCCUGAUCUCGCAAAGCAUCCAACCGACUUUAACGACUUUCUGGGACAGGUCCACUGCACACUUGGAGAGAUUGUGGGCUCUCCUGCCAGUCGCCUGGAGAAACCUCUAGGUGGCAUACCUGGGAAGAAAUGCGGGACCAUUAUCUUGUCUGUUGAAGAGCUGGGGAACUGCAGAGAUUAUGCUACGAUGCAAUUCUGUGCCAACAAACUGGAUAAAAAGGACUUCUUUGGAAAGUCAGACCCCUUCAUGGUCUUCUACAGAAGCAACGAGGAUGGCACGUUCACCAUCUGCCACAAGACUGAAGUAGUGAAGAACACGCUGAACCCUUCGUGGCAGCCCUUCUCCAUCCCUGUUAGAGCGCUCUGCAACGGAGAUUAUGACAGAACGAUCAAAGUGGAGGUGUAUGACUGGGACAGAGAUGGAAGCCAUGAUUUCAUCGGGGAAUUCACCACCAGCUAUAAAGAACUAUGUCGGGGUCAGAGCCAAUUAAAUGCCUAUGAGGUGGUGAAUGCCAAGAAGAAAAUAAAGAAAAAGAGAUACAUCAACUCUGGGACGGUGUCCUUGCUGUCAUUCAUUGUGGAGUCAGAGCACACCUUUCUGGAUUACAUCAAAGGAGGGACCCAGAUUCACUUCACAGUGGCCAUUGAUUUCACAGCAUCAAAUGGAAAUCCAUCCCAGUCCACUUCACUCCACUACAUGAACCCGUACCAGAUGAAUGCCUAUGCCAUGGCCCUGAAGGCUGUGGGCGAGAUCAUCCAGGACUAUGACAGUGAUAAGAUGUUUCCUGCGCUGGGAUUUGGUGCUAAGCUGCCCCCUGAUGGGAGGGUCUCCCACGAGUUUCCUCUGAAUGGCAACAUUGAGAACCCUUACUGUAACGGUAUGGAGGGGAUUCUUGAAGCUUACCAUCAAAGCCUUAAGACGGUUCAGCUGUAUGGACCCACGAACUUCGCUCCCGUUGUUAAUCAUGUGGCAAGGUAUGCAGCAGCAGUGCAGGACGGAUCUCAGUACUUUGUCCUGCUGAUCAUCACUGAUGGCGUCAUAUCAGACAUGGCCCAAACCAAGGAGGCCAUAGUGAACGCCGCUAAACUCCCCAUGUCUAUCAUCAUUGUUGGAGUCGGCCAAGCUGAGUUUGAUGCCAUGGUUGAGCUGGAUGGUGAUGACAUCAGGAUCUCCUCGCGGGGCAAGUUGGCAGAGAGAGACAUUGUACAGUUUGUCCCAUUCAGAGACUACAUGGACCGCACAGGUAACCAUGUGCUGAGCAUGGCAAGGCUGGCUAAAGACGUACUGGCUGAGAUCCCUGAUCAGCUGAUCUCGUACAUGAAGAGCAGAGGCAUUAAACCCAGCCCCGUCCCACCGGUUUACUUGCCCGGAGACCAUCCCGAGACCAACCCUGUCUGA